AUGGAGUACCCCCCGCAAUAUCAACAGCCUCACGGCCAACACCCCCACGGUCCCUCCCACAUUGCCGCCCCCUAUCAGGCCGGACCACAGAAUCCAGGUUCAGCUGUCGGAUCGAUGGCUUCUCCCACAAACCCGCAAGCUCAUAUGCAACCCGCCCACCCUUCGCACCAGACAUCCCCUAUUGUUCCGUCGCAGUCGCAUUACCAGCCCCCGCAAAAUGCGCCCGGCGCGGUACAUCCGCAGAUGAACUUCCCUCAGUCGUACGGCGUCGCCGCUGCCAUCCCCCAACAGUAUGGUAUCUCGCCGACGCAAGCCGCUGCCAUGGCGACCGCUGCUGCCUCGGGCCAAUUUUACCCGCUCCACCAAGACUCCAUGACUGGGCAGGUUCCCCAAGGACCGAGGGGAUCACCCCGCAUGGGAGGCGUUCCGGUCAAGGACCGCAACCCUCGGUCCCCUCCAAUGCCUGGUCAGAUGCCCCCAAUGGGUUCUCAGGUACCGAUGGGCCAGGGCGCCCAAUUGCAGCAGCGUCGCAUGAGCCACGUUGGCAGCCCACACGUGCCGAAUUCCCAGCCGGUGAUGGCUCACGUGACUCGACCUUCCGGGCCGCCCGCCAUGGGGCCCCCGCCCCCGGCCCCGGUCCAGCAAAGUCAGCCUUCUCCGGAGUUGGUCGCGGGCGCCGCAGAGGAAUCGCCGCUUUACGUCAAUGCCAAGCAAUUCCACCGCAUCUUGAAGAGACGUGUUGCGCGACAGAAACUGGAAGAGCAGUUGAGACUGACGUCCAAGGGCCGUAAGCCAUACCUGCACGAGUCGCGUCACAACCACGCGAUGCGGCGACCGCGUGGUCCCGGUGGCCGAUUCCUGACGGCCGAUGAAGUGGCCGCCUUGGAGAAAAAGGGCGGUCAAUCCAUGGACCAAGAGAACGUGGACGUGGGCGCGACCAAGGGGUCUGGGGAGAACCCUCCCUCGGCGCAGAAGCGCAAGUCGAGUCAUCUCAAUGAUGAAAUCGCCACGCCCGUGAAGAAGACCAAGACUGGCAAGGCGGAGGACAGCGAGGAAUCUGCCGAGGCCUCCGACGAGGAGAGUUGA